AUGGCAGGCAUCGGGACAGGAACCCUGAUGGGCAUCCAUAAGUUUCGAGUUGGAAGAUGGCCUGCACCUACCAACUCAGAAGAAAAUACGAAGACGUGGAACGUCAAAUGGCAAUGGCUGGUGCCAUUCACGCGAGCGAAGCACCCGAGCUGCGAUAGAGUCAGAACCCGUGCUGCCUGUUCACCCCAAUAUUGUGACAACAUGGUAACACCACGGGCCUCUCUAGGGCCCUUCAGGCUUGUUUGUUUUUUUGUGCUGGCGUGA